AUGGUUUUUGAUACCGAUAAAUUCAUAUCCUGUAUUCAAAGUAACCCGUCUAUUUGGGAAAUGGGUAGUAAAGAAUACAUGGAUAAGUUCAUCAAACAAAAAAGUUGGCUAAAUAUCGGGGAAACCAUGUAUCCAGAUUGGACAGAACAGCCUGAAUCUGAAAAAGAAAAUAAAGGUAAGCAGAAUAGUAUCAUGUUAUAUUUUACAUUUUUACCAUAG